GCCCCGGACCUAACGCCCACCUGCCGCGGGGGGCUUGCCUUCCGCCUUGGAGCGCCCACUGCCCUCUGCUCCCACCUCCCCGGUCCUUGCCCUUCCCCCAUCUGACCGCCCUUUCCAGGGGCCUCUACUCCCACCCACUUAACCUCCGAGAGUCCUCCUGCCCCCUUAAGGCACUCUGCUCCUCAUCAGGGCUCCCCCAAACUUCCUACCCCUGACCCACACCGAGGGCCCCUCUCCAUCCUCUGCCCCUUGACCUGUCGCCCCCUCCCUCUCUUCCCACCUGUCCCCCUUCCCCCCCGCCUCCCCCGGGGGCGUCUGUUCUCGCUGACGACCCCCUGCAGUCUCCACUCCUUCGGGUCCCUCUCCAUCCUCAGGAUUCCCCUCGGGUCUCACGGCCUCGCCGUCCGUCCCCCGCCCCGAUGAUCCCAGAACCGGGCCCCGCAUACAACAGCACCCCCUCCUGGGGGUCGGGGCUGGUGCCGGGCCCGGGUGGCAGUGGCUGGGUGGCGGCCGCGAUGUGUGUGGUCAUCGCAUUGACCGCCGCGGCCAACUCGCUGCUCAUCGCGCUCAUCUGCACGCAGCCCGCGCUGCGCAACACGUCCCACUUCUUCCUGGUGUCGCUCUUCACGUCCGACCUGAUGGUGGGGCUGGUGGUGAUGCCGCCCGCCAUGCUGAACGCGCUGUACGGGCGCUGGGUGCUGGCGCGAGGCCUCUGCCUGCUCUGGGCCGCCUUCGACGUGAUGUGCUGCAGCGCCUCCAUCCUCAACCUCUGCCUCAUCAGCCUGGACCGCUACCUGCUCAUCCUGUCGCCGCUGCGCUACAAGCUGCGCAUGACGCCCGCGCGCGCCUUGGCGCUGGUUCUGGGCGCCUGGACCCUCGCCGCGCUCGCCUCCUUCCUGCCCCUGCUGCUGGGCUGGCACGAGCUGGGCCGUGCGCGGGCACCCGCUCCGGGCCAGUGCCGCCUGCUGGCCAGCCUGCCGUUCGUCCUCGUGGCGUCGGGCCUCACCUUCUUCCUGCCCUCGGGCGCCAUCUGCUUCACCUACUGCAGGAUCCUGCUGGCCGCGCGCAAGCAGGCCCUGCAGGUGGCCUCCCUCCCCACCGGCGUGGCGGGCCAGGCCUUGGAGACAUCGCAGGUGCCCAGGACCCCACGCCCAGGGACGGAGUCAGCUGACAGCAGGCGUCUGGCCACCAAGCACAGCAGGAAGGCCUUGAAGGCCAGCCUGACCCUGGGCAUCCUGCUGGGCAUGUUCUUUGUGACCUGGCUGCCCUUCUUUGUGGCCAACAUUGCCCAGGCUGUGUGCGACUGCGUCUCCCCAGGCCUCUUCGAUGUCCUCACGUGGCUGGGCUACUGCAACAGCACCAUGAACCCCAUCAUCUACCCCCUCUUCAUGCGGGACUUCAAGAGGGCCCUGGGCAGACUGCUGCCCUGUCCCCUCUGGCCCCAGGAGCACCGGGCCAGCGUGGCCUCACCCUCCAUGCGCACCUCCCACAGCGGCGCCCGGCCGGGCCUGAGCCUGCAGCAGGUGCUGCCCCUGCCCCUGCCCCCGGACUCUGACUCCGACCCGGACUCGGGCUCAGGAGGCUCCUCAGGCCUGCAGCUCACGGCCCAGCUGCUGCUGCCAGGCGAGGCCACCCGGGACACCCUGCCGCCUGCCAGGACUUCUGCCACCGUCAACUUCUUCCACAGGGAUCCCGUGGAGCCCCAGCUGCGGCUGCAUCUGCUUGGUGCCCCCACGAACUGACGGGGCUUGUGGCUGGUCAGGGGGGAGCUGGACUGGGUGCAACCAAGCCCCCGAGGCCUUGGGCCAGCUCUGGCUGAGGCCAGGAGGCUGCAGGUCUCUCGGGGGCCCUCUGAACUCUGGUGGGGUGCACUGAAUCAGCCCCACUACCCACUCUGGGUCCUCCACCUGCGGGGUAAUUGCUGGCUGCAUACAAUGUCUCCAGAAGGCUGCAUUGCUGAGUGUAAGUUGUGUAGAGAAUGGUUGGAGGGCUCUGGGAGCGGGGCAGGGGGCCCUUGGUUCAGAUUAGGGUGAAGACCAUCGCCUUUGCACAUCCUAUCAGAUCGCACGUCUGCAGAGACGGGUCAGUGCAGGCUGAGCCCUUUGCUCCUCUAACUGUAGUUCGUGGGCAUGGUCUCCAGGGAGUUGGUUGAAAACGCACACCUCUGCCCCCGCCCCGGAGCUGCUGAGUCAUAACCUACAUGUGAGCAAGGUCCCCAGUGACUCGUGUGCGUGCAUGGUUUGAGGUGUGCUGGCUGAGCUGACCCUUGACCCUGAGGAUGGUUUGCUGGACGGUUGUUGGACCAGCCAGCCCCUCGGAUGUGUGUGGCCUCACAGGGAACCCCUGAGCCUGGGAGUCAGGCAGGCCUCAACUGGAAUCCAUGCUCCCUUACUUCCUAGUUCUGCACGGGUUACUUAACCUCUCUGAGCCUGCUGUUGUACGUGCAACAUGGGGCAAUGAUGCCUGCCUCGUAGGUUGCCAUGAGAACGGGGACAGUGUGCAUCGAUGCCAGCACCUGGCAGAUGGUCAGUGGUACCUGUGGUUGUUAUACCUCCCGGCAUUCAGCCCC